AAAAAAAGGAUAUCGGAAGUGACGUCAUGAAUAGUGUUUUGGCAUACGAGGAAGGAAUUUUGAGAAGCUCCCUGAACAAGACCACAAGGAUAAACGUUCUUCAGUUUGCUUUGAGUUUGCCUGACCUUUGAACUCAACCAAAGAUGGCUUCUGAAGAUCAGACGAACAACAUAGGGGUCAACUCGGACCUGGUCACCCUCAGACGGUACCUCUGUAUGGGACAAACAAACGGAACAUACUACGUUGUAAACAAAGAACCGAAGGGGAAUCCCCUUCCAGAAUGCACGCAGAAGAUCCUAGAGGAAGGUCGAGGAGGAGAUAUUGUCAAAGAACUUCUAAAGUUUUCCAAGGCUGGACACGUAGUACAUGAGGACUCCUACAUGAAAGUAUUGGUUUGCAUUGCAAGGAGCAAGGACUCGACUGCCAAGAAGGCCCUGUAUAAUGAACUAGGUCAGCUGUGCCCAACUGCGUCUGGACUCUUUCGCUUUGUUGACGGGGUGGAGAAGGGUGGGGAGGGGACAGGCUGGGGACGCAUGCAGAGGAAAGCAAUAUGUAAUUGGUAUUGUGGCAAAGAUGGCCAGGAGUUGGCGCGGCUGGUUACAGGGUGCAAGCAGCGUUGUGGAUGGUCACAUCGAGAUCUCAUACGACUAGCUCAUGUCAAACCUCCAGCAGAAGGUUCAGGUACUGCUCUGGUGUUGAAGUACAUCAUGCGGGGUUUGAAAGUCGUGUUAGAGUCUCAGCCCACCGAGGGAGCAGAUGACAGCACCAAGGCGUUGACAGAGUUCCUCAAGGAUGUCGAUGGUCUUCGGAAGGAGGAGGACUUGGAGAGAGUGGCAGGGCUGGUGGAGAAACACAAACUCUCACUGGAACAUCUUCCUACCAAGAGUCUCAAAUCAAGAGAGGUGUGGAAAGCUCUAGUCCCUCAUUUGUCUGUGCAGUCCAUACUAGAAAACAUUGUGAGACUAGCAUCGAUGGGUCUGUUCAAACCGAAGAGUCCUGAGGUGGAAGUGAUAUGCAGGCGAUUGCAGACACCGAAGGACCUGUCGGAGGCGCACGUCCAUCCGUUUAGUGUACUAAUGGCGCAACGCAUCUACCGCUCCAAGAAGGUGGAGAAGACCAAGGCACACUGGGAGAUCAACAAGGAACUCAUGAAAGCCUUGACAGAAGCUUACUAUAAAGCUUUUGAGGUCUCAGAAAAAACCGGCAAGCGAUAUCUCCUUGCAGUUGAUGUCAGCUCGUCCAUGGCGCUGAGUGGUGUGAAUGGAACGAGGAAUAUCGCCGCCCGAGAGGCCGCUGCCACCAUCGCGCUGAUGAUCGCCAAGAAAGAAGAAGGCAGCCGUAUCAUGGGUUUCACAUCAGAGCUUAAAGAGAUCCCCAUCACUGCUAACAUGAAACUGGAGGAUGCUGUCAAAAAGAUGGGAGAGCUGUCAAUGGGUCAAACAGACUUUGCUCAACCAAUGCUGUGGGCUGCUAAGAACAAGAUAGCAGUGGAUCAGUUCAUCAUGUGCACAGACUGCGAGACCUUCAGCGGAGAUGUGUCGGCAGGAGAUGCCCUUUCUCAGUAUCGCCAAGCCAUGAAGAUCGAUGCCAAGGUUGCCAUCGUUGCCAUGACGUCCAACAGCUUCUCCAUGGCGAACCCAGAGGACCUAGGCAUGCUUGAUAUAGCCGGAUUUAAUGGCCAGGCAGCCAAACUCUUACAAAGUAUGACGCUGAAUUUUCAGUGAUGCAUGAUACCUAUUUGAAAGAGUGCAACAAUAUUUAUUAUGAUCAUUAUUAUGUCUGAAUGCUUUGAUUCAGUAUAUUAUGUUAUUGCAAUUGUGGCACAUGCAAGUACUUUCUGUGGCGCUCAGGGCAGGUGCCCAUACAUGGAGUGGACUUCUUCCUUCUUACCUAUGCCAAUCCUACACGGAAACUACCGGUUGUGUAACAUUUCUUUUUGCAAAGGACUCAUCCAAGGUCUCUGAAAAAUAAAGGUGCAGUGAAUUCCCCUUCAAUGUGAAUUUCAGACGGGUAUUUUUAAUGAAAUAAUGAAUUUUGGUAAAAAACAAGCCAUAGGCCCUUUUUCGGAACUCUAGUUUAACUAUGGUCUAAAGCUGUGGAAUAUCUAAGAUAGCCAAAUGUGACACAAUCUCUCGCAAUAGAGAUUAAUUAAAUUCAUCUGUACCUUUGACCUUCAAUAUCAUUCAUAACUGUUAUGGUAUUUGAAAUUGUUUUCCUUUACCAUGAAUACUAUGGGGGGGGGGGGGAGGAAGCACAGUAAAGAAAUAAUAGAUCAUGGGUUGAAUUAAACCUACUUACAGGUCAAAAACUGGCAAUAAUAUUUUGCUUCAUCUGUGAUUUGAAAAUGGACAAUGAAUUGCAUAUUGCUACCAGCAUUAGAUUUUAAAUGCUUUAAUUACUAUUUCCCUAACCUAAUAGUCUAGAUAUCUUGGGGGCAAUCUCCUAUUUGAGCAUCUGCAAUCAAACUUGAAAUGAUAGAUUUGCCAUGUAAAAUCGUACUUAUUCACAGUCAUAAAUGCCUAAAUGCCAGAAAUUCUGUUACAGAUGUUUACUUAGCCAAUAAAAUGGCACAAUAUCAGUAGCUUAUAACAGAAACUUCUCAUUUAUCAAUUUGUUUGUGAAACAGGGUUUGUGCCAUACAUUCAUAGUAAAACGCGUACCAGUACACACAGAUUAUUAAAGAAAAAAACAUGUAACUAUUACCAAUUUUUUACUGCGAGGUUACUUUCUCUCUCAGACAUGCCAAAUCUUUUUAGUCUUGAGUAGAACAUGGCUUCACAUGUAG